AUGCCAUGGCCUACAGGAACGAACGCAGAGUCCAGUACCAUCGGGAGUUCCAUCUGCGCCGAGCGUGCGGCCAUGUGCAAGCUUCGCGAGGAGAGCAACUGCAAGCGCGUGACUAAGGUGGUCGUCGUGACAGACUACCAACACCCUUUGGCGCCCGACACCCUCGAACGAUUCCGUUUCGUGCUUUUCUGCGUGACGCAAGGCGUGCUGUGCAGGGAGUUCCUGUCUGCCCACCUCCGUCCUUCCACUCCGGUCGUCAUGUCCGGCUCCGGCGAAGCCAUUAUCCCCGGCGGGCUGCUAUACGAGGAGUCAAACCUCAAGCCUUGGCCGGAUUCGGCUAAGACUGGCGGCGGUGCUACCGGCUCAGGAGCGCUCGUUGCUGGGGAGGCGGCGGUAGAUACCUGCGGCUGCGAGACAGCACCACCAGCUGGCGACGGGAAACACGCAGGGGCAGCGACACCGCCUGCGGCAAGUCCUUCUCCUUAUUCUUCAUGCGAUACGCGCAUCUUAGCGGCGAGUGUCGAGAGGGGCGAGGGAGGAGGACGAGCGCAGUCAGGAGGAAGUGAGGGAGCUAAAGCUGCGCCUUUGCGGAUGGAUGUGUCCACCGUCGGAGAGCUGUACCCGUGGAGGAACAUGUACGGGGUCACGGAGAGAGGAGGGCAACUUAAGCUUGGCUUCCUGGUGCAGCAGAAAGCGGAAGAGCUGUCGGAUCCGAACCUGGCAGAGCGAGUAGGGCUAGAGAGAGGUGUUGUUGAAGCCUACGACGCCGCGUGGAGAGCAACUGCCGGAGACGACAAAGACGAUAUUCAUCCUAUCAGGUACGCGGCGGUGGCCCUGUUCUCUGACGGGGAAGCUGAGAUAACUCACCAGCUGAAGGCCUUCGAGUACGGCGCUACUCUAGACCCGGUGACUCUUCUGGCUCCCGCGAUGAUGAGGCGUGCCAAAGAUGGGAUACGGACUUCUUGGGUGCUUUUGGUUGACCAGUUCGGCAACUUGCAUGCACCAUUCGCCCAAGCCCGAACGUUUCUUUCUGAGCACGGGUUCGGAGAGACAAAAGUGGCCAUCCACGAGGCAGGCGGCGGCGUGGUUGUGAUCAAGGCCAAAGUCAACUAAUUACUGUUGCUGCUUUGCACUGUACAGCCGAAGCAAGUGCGUGUGCCAACCCGUACGUCAUGGGGGGUUUAAGUUUAAUUAUUUCUGGCAUUCCGCACGACAAUCAAUCAGUCAUGUUUCGAGACCGCAAAGUGUCUCCACUUGCCCUCCUGAUGACACACCUUCCGCCCCACACUCCGCGAACGUUGAUCCGAAACACUUCACCGCCUUUUUCUUCCUUCGCUCAUCAUGCCGUGAAAGAGCUGGUCCCGGGGGUGACGACAGCGAGAUGAGCUUUGGCGAAGAAUGUACUUCUUUGCUUCUUGGAGUACAAUCUAGCGGCGUGGCAACACGAAGACGUGUGGCACCGCGCCUUCCGGGGCUGUCUGCUGUCAAUGGCAAAUGUGUAUGCGCGUGCGUGUGUUUGUCUUUCCUUCAAUCGUUCGAGGGAGGGAGGAUCUUGCCCCAGUGGCUACCUUCGUGUCAGAUGAAGUUGUCUGGACACAUGGCAUUUCUGUUCUUAACCGGCUGCUUAGUACCACCCAAGGC